AAAGAUUCCUGAUCUGAGACCCGACCUGAAAGGAGAGGAUAAGAUCAGGGAGCCAGGCGUCUUGGGAACACAGGUCUGGACACCCCUGAGAAGCUAUCAGUGCUCCAACUUCCGUCUAAGACUUGGCCACGGUGAGGGGAGCAAAAGAGCCUGAAAUUGGAAGGCUGUCCAAGGAAUAUACAGAGGGAAGCUGUUUGGGGAACUUGAGCUAUUCAGAAGAUGGCAACCAAGCCAACAGAGUCCAUCACAAUCCUCAGCCUUCGGAAGUUGAGCCUGGGGACCGCUGAGCCACAGGUUAAAGAGCCAAAGACAUUCACCGUGGAAGAUGCAGUGGAGACCAUUGGCUUCGGGCGUUUCCACAUUGCCCUCUUUCUCAUCAUGGGCAGCACUGGGGUUGUUGAGGCCAUGGAGAUCAUGUUGAUAGCUGUUGUGUCUCCUGUCAUCCGCUGUGAAUGGCAACUGGAGAACUGGCAGGUGGCAUUAGUAACCACAAUGGUGUUUUUUGGCUACAUGGUUUUCAGCAUCCUCUUUGGCCUCCUGGCUGACAGAUAUGGCCGCUGGAAGAUUCUGCUCAUCUCGUUCCUGUGGGGAGCCUAUUUCUCCUUGCUGACCUCGUUUGCUCCUUCGUACAUCUGGUUUGUCUUCCUGAGGACGAUGGUGGGCUGUGGUGUGUCCGGCCACUCACAGGGGUUAAUCAUAAAGACUGAAUUUUUGCCCACGAAAUAUCGAGGCUAUAUGUUACCCUUGUCUCAGGUGUUCUGGCUUGCGGGCUCGCUGCUCAUCAUUGGCCUGGCGUCUGUGGUCAUCCCCACCAUCGGGUGGCGCUGGCUCAUCCGCAUCGCCUCCAUCCCAGGCAUCAUCCUCAUCAUGGCCUUCAAGUUUAUUCCUGAAUCUGCCCGGUUCAAUGUCUCCACUGGAAACAUUCAGGCUGCCCUGGCCACUCUGAAUCACAUUGCCAGGAUGAACCACUCAGUCAUGCCGGAGGGGAAGCUGGUGGAGCCUGUCCUGGAAAAAAGAGGAAGAUUUGCAGACCUAUUGGAUGCUAAAUAUUUACGGACCACGUUACAGAUCUGGGUCAUAUGGCUUGGAAUCUCUUUUGCCUACUAUGGGGUUAUCCUGGCCAGUGCUGAGCUGCUGGAGCGGGACUUGGUCUGUGGUUCGAAGGCAGACUCUGAGGUGGUGGUGACUGGGGGCGACUCAGGGGAGAGCCAGAGCCCCUGCUACUGCCACAUGUUUGUACCCUCUGACUAUCGGACCAUGAUCAUCAGCACCAUCGGUGAAAUUGCUCUUAAUCCUUUAAAUAUCCUGGGCAUCAAUUUCCUGGGAAGACGGCUGAGCCUUUCCAUUACCAUGGGAUGCACGGCUUUAUUCUUCCUUCUCCUCAACAUUUGCACUUCAAGUGCCGGCCUGAUUGGCUUCCUCUUCAUGCUGAGGGCUUUGGUAGCUGCAAACUUCAACACCAUCUACAUUUACACAGCUGAGGUCUACCCCACCGCUAUGCGUGCUUUGGGGAUGGGAACCAGCGGCUCCCUGUGUCGCAUUGGUGCAGUGGUGGCGCCAUUUAUAUCCCAGGUUCUUAUGAGUGCUUCAAUACUGGGGGCCCUGUGUCUCUUCUCAUCUGUCUGUGUUGUAUGUGCCAUUUCUGCAUUUACUCUCCCCAUUGAAACCAAAGGACGGGCCCUCCAGCAAGUUAAAUGAAGACCUGCAGAGCUGUCUACCACAUGAGAAAAAUGGAUUCUAUCUUCAGAACUGCGGUGCAUUUUUUAAAACUUGGUUUUACUUCUGUAUGCUACUCGGUAAUUAGUAAAGUGAUUUUUUUUUUUUUUUUAAAGGCAUGUAUGGGAAUGGGGUAGGUAACUCUAUAUUGAUCUCUUCCCUGAGGGACAAUAUAUAAAGCACUUUUAUAAAAUAUAACUUAAGCUUUCAAAGGGGUGUGAAAGGGAGAUGGUGGGGGGAAGAUGGCUUUUAUUCCUUGAAAUCAAGUCUGUAAACCUUUAUAUGAAUAAAUACUAAAUUUUAAACCUAUAUUUGAUAUUCUCCCAUGAGGUCUGUAGCUAAACUUGAACUGAAAUUUUGUAGCUAAGGCAAGAACCUGGGAUGAUAUCAUUUUCAAAACAACUAGAAUAGCCAUCAAGUUCAAAUUCAAAUUCGCUAUGUAACUUAUAGCCUCCAUAGUUUGAUGAAAAUUGCUUAUUCAUAAAAUGCUUAAAUUAGAAUGAGUAUUACACAUAAUCGCCAAGAAGCAGGGAAUAAACCAAUUUUACCCCUUACAUUCCCUGUCUCUAAUUUUAUUUUUUUAUAGGGGGAGUCUUUGAUUCUCUUGAUAAAGAUUAAAGAAUGCAGCAAACUUUUCGCCAUCAUGUAAUUACAGGCCUGUCCUAUUUUAUUGUGCUUCCAUAUAUGGCACUGUUACCAACAGCAUGUACUCACUGUGUCUCUGUCAUAUUUUGGUAAUCUGUUGUGGUGAUUGGUGAUCUUUGACGUUACUAUUGUAAUUGUUUUGAGAGUGCCACUAACCACACUCAUGUAAGAAGGCAAACUUAAUUGAUACAUGUGUGUUCUGACUGCUCUGCCUACUGGAUGUUCCCCCUUCUCUCUCCUUUUCCUUAGGCCUUCCUAUCCCCUGAGACUCAGUACUAUUGAAAUUAGGCCAAAUAACCCUACAAUAGCUUGUAAAUGUUCAAGUGAAAGGAAGACUCGCACAUUUCUGAUUUUAAAUCAAAAGCUACAAAUGAUGAAGCUUAGUGAGGAAGGUAUGUUGAAAGCUAUAGGCUCAAAGCUAGGCCUCUUAUGCCAAACAGCCAAGUUGUGAAUGCACAAAGUUCUUGAAGGGUCUGGUUUAGUAAAAUGCACGAAUGAUAAGAAAGCACAAUAGCCUUAUUGCUAAUGUGGAGAAAGUUUGGUCUGGAUAGAUCAAACUAUCCACAACAAUCCCUUAAGCCAAAACCUAACAUAGAGCAAGACCCUACCUCUCUGUGAAGGCAAGUGCAAGGUGAAGCAGCAAGUGCUAAUGGAGACACUACAGCAAGUUAUUUAGAUCUAGCUAAAAUAACUGAUGGUAGUUAUACCAAACAGAUUUUUGUGUCGAUAAAAUAGCCUUCUAUUGGAAGAAGAUGCCAACUAGGACUUUAUAGUUACAAGUUCAUGCUUGGCUUCAAAGAAUAGGCUGACUCUCUUGUUAGGGUCUAAUGCAGUUGGUGCAGCCAAUGCUCAUUGACCUCUAAAUUCGAGGGCCCUUAAGAAUAACGCUAAAUCUACUCUGCCUGUACUUUAUACAUAGAACAAUGCUUAGAUGAUGGAAUUAUCUGUUUACGGCAUGGUGAAUUUUUUAAGCCCAUUUUUUGAGACCUAUUGUUCAAAAAAAGGACUUCAUCUAAAACAUUACUGCUCACUGAUAUUGCACCGAGUCACCUAAGAUCUCGAUAAUUUAAUGUCUGUUAACAAAACACACAGUCUGCAGACCAUAGAUCCCGAGUCACCUAAGAUCUCGAUAAUUUAAUGUCUGUUAACGAAACAGUCUGCAGACCAUAGAUCAAGAAGUAAAUUUGACUUUCAAGUCUUAUUAUUUAAGAAAUAUAUUUCAUAAAGCUAUAGCUGCCACAGAUAGUGAUUCCACUGAUGAAUCUGGGCAAAGUAAACAGAAAACCUUCUGGAAACAAUUCACCAUUCUAGAUGCCAUUAAGAACAUCUGUGAUUCACGGGAAGAGUCAGAAUAACUCAGGAGUGAGAAAGACAUUGGUUCAAACCUUUACAAAUGACUUUUAGGGGUUCAAGAUUUCAGUGAAGAAAGGUACUGUAGAUGUGACAGAAAUACUAAGAGAACUAGAAGUGGAGACUGAAGAUGUGACUGAAUUGCUGUAAUCUCAAACUUGACCAGAUGAGGACUUGCUUCUUGUGGAUGAGCAAAGAAAGUGGUUUCUUGAGGUAGAGUCUACUAGUGAAGAUGCUGUGACCAUUGUUGAAAUGACAACAAAGGAUUUAGAAUAUUAUAUGAACUUAGUUGAUAAAGCAGUGGCAGAAUUUGAGAAGAUUGACUCUAAUUCUGAAAGAUGUUCUACUGUGGGUCAAAUACUAUCAAACAGCAUCAUGUGCUACAGAGAAAUCUUUCAUAAAAGGAAGAGUCCAUUGAUGCAGCAAACUUCAUUAAGAAAUUGCCACAGCCACCCCAGCCUUCAGCAACUGCUACUCUGAACAGUCAGCAGCCUUCAAUAUUGAGGCUAGACUCUCCAUCAGCAAAAGAUUAACUUGCUGAAGGCUUUGAUGAUUGCACUUCUCUGUAAUGAAUUAUUUCAAAAUUAAGAUAUGUGAGAAGCUAUUUGGUGAAAGAAAAUUAAGGUAUGUAGAUGUUUUUUAGAUAUAAUGCUAUUGCACACUUAAUAGGCUACGGUAUAAACAUAACUUUUAUAAGCACUGGGAAACCAAACUAUUUGUGACCAUUUUUAUUGUGAUAUUCGCUUUAUUGCAGUGGUCUGGAACUGAAACCGCAAUCUCUGUUGUAUGCCUCUACUUACAUGCUAUUUGUUUUGAAACCAUUCCAUGCAUGCAAGACAGCACACCUGUGCACACUAAACUCUUAAGGUUAUGUAUGCUGUAGAAAGAGAGCAACUAAAGUUUAUGCGUUUAUGCAUUUAUGUUUUUUCUCUUAAUUGCUGUUCAGCCUUCUAGAGUCUCUUUAAAGCAGUCUAUAAUGGCUUGUAAAUUGUAUUCCUAGAUAUUUUAUUCUCUUUGUAGCAAUUGUGAAUGGGAGUUGACUCAUGAUUUGGUGCUGUUUGUUGUUAUUGGUGUAUAGGAAUGCUUGUAAUUUUUGUAGAUUGAUUUUGUAUCCUUAGACUUUGCUGAAGUUGCUUAUCAGCUUAAGGAGA